AUGUCGGCGGUUUUGCAAUACGGCGCCACAAAUGGUACGGAUUUCUCUUUGACGGUGCUUAAAGCAAGAAUUGCUUUAUUAGCAACUGCCAUCGGCGGACCUGAUUAUACUUCCGAGAUCGAGCCACCUCCUUAUAAGCUUGGCGAUGACUGUUUAGCAUGCCUGAAAGAUUUAAAAAGGUGGUUUAAACUGGUGGAUGAUCAACAGAAACGAUGGGAUGUGGCAAUGGCAGUGGCCGAAUAUCGCAUCUUAACAGAUGACCUGUUGCCCAUCCUGAUAGACUGGGAAAACAAAUGUUCUCUCGCCAGCAAACUAGCCAAGAAUAAUCCAGAGCAUGGGGAGUUUAGAAACAAGGCUUACUACGACAAGAUUGCCAUGAAUUGUCUGCAACUGUUAGUCCUUAUGACAUGGCCCUUAAUCAUUACGGAACAAUCAUCAUCGAAUCAAAUCACUCUUUACAGUGAAGUGAAAAAGCAUCAACUGAUAUAUAAAAAAGCAAUUUUGUCCAUGGAAAAUGGGAAAGUACUGAGAGCCGCCAUUCGCCUGGCACUGGGCGUCAUCAAGAUCGACCGACUAUCUAGAACUCCCAGAGAUAAUAUGGUUCUCAAAUUGGUUCUGAACUUUUUCAGAAACGUCAUCGCUAUAGAACCAGGUGAAUUUACAAUAAAUACCAAGAGAAGCAUGCCUAGCAAGGGUAUCAGUUCCAUUGACACUUUACCGCCAAAUGUCUCCAUGGAUGAUAUUUCUUUAAAUACAGUCACCUCUUCCUUCCAUAAAAACAAAGUAUUCGGCCUACUCUUGACGCUGGCUAAUUCAUUGUCCAAAGAGUUCGACCAGGACUUUAUUAAUAUUCCGCUGCUAGAAAUCAUGUUUUUUCUUACCAAAGAUGUUAAUCAAUCAUUGUUAUUCCCUCAACGGCCUGGGCGUAAACCCCAUCCAGGUCAAGCAAAUGCUAACGGAAAUAUCUCCACUAAUAAUGUUGUGACUAGUGCAGGGUUUGAACUAUCCAAACUGCUACAAAAGGAGCACCAAAUGAAAAAAAACGUUAUUAAACAUACCUCAGCAAGACAUUCAAGAUUUGGUGGUCUUUUAUCCAUACAAACUCCAGACAAAAAUAGGCUAACUGUUUCUGGAAGUCAAGCUCUUGUAGAUGAAAAUAUAGCAUUGCAGAAAUUGGAUGACAGUAAAAAAUGGAAUAAAAGAAUAACUCAAAAACGUGAAUCAGUCGCAACCGAGGGCUUACCAAAUAGUUUGUUAAACUCUCAAACUGGUAAAGCUAUCUUUUUCACUGAAUCAAAUGGUAAACAUUUUAAAACAUUCAUUAACAAUUUUAUUGAUUCUGGUUUUAACAUUCUAUUACAUAGUGUAACAAACUCUUUUACAACAGAGCAAGAUAGAAUGGUUACUCUAGAGCAAGUAGAAUAUUUACUUUUCUUCGCAUGGUUCAUCAACUAUCAAUUGUUGAGGUGCAAAAUGGACUCCUCUACAAAAUUAAACCAAGUUUCAGAAGCAUUAAGGGAGGUUUCAUUCAUUUUAGUAUCUUCUCUAUUAAGAAAUGCAUAUGAUCUGAAAAAUUGGAUAGUGACCCACGCAGGCAUGAUUGCAUUUAACGAAUUAUUAAAUCUAGUCACCUACACAAAAGGAAGCGAAGAAGACUCUGAUGAUAUAGAAUUUAUUGUAAGCAGGCUUUUCAGCGACGAAAGAAUACAAUUACUAUCCAACUUGCCAAAAAUUGGUUCCAAGCAUUCACUUCAAUUUAUGAAAAGCUGUAUUGAACUAACACAUUCGGUGUUGAAAGUAUUGGAACAGUAUUCUGAUGACAAGACACUGGUGGUAGAAGGGAAAUCAAGACGCCGAAAGAAUAUUAAUAUUUCUGAAGAUGAUAUUUCUAAAUUGAUAGAAGAGGAAAAUGUCGACAGAGAUGAAGCACUGGAUAUCCUGACCUCUAAUUUUAGAGGUGUAGAGGUCAAUUUUCAGAAAGUACAGAGUAACUACAUGACAGAACUUGUGGUGGAAACUUACAUCAAUUUUCUUCAAAGAUUCCGUGAGCUUGACGACGAUUCAAUUAAAAAGGUGUUUUCUUUUUUUCACAGAGUAUUCGUUCAGGUUAAAGAGCAGUCAUUGUUAUUUAGGUUUGAUUUAAUAAUAUUAUUGAGAGAAAUGCUUUCAUCUGAUGGAUUAAGUAGGAUGUCUCGUUCAAGAAAAUAUGUGAGUCAGUUUUCAGAUUAUUUUCUUACCAGGUUGAAGAAAAGACUGAAAAAAUCACCAGCUUGGUUUGUUGGACUACUUUUUCCACCACUACACAAUAGUGAGGUUGGCUUUUAUCAAAAAUAUGGUGAAUACAAUGUGCUCAAUAAUGAAUCACUUUAUGCCUCAUCAAUAUCACAAUUUAAACCAAUUCCUGACGAAGAGGCAUUACCACCUUCGAUUUUACAGGAUAUGAAAUAUGGUAUCCUAGUAUCUACACUAUUGGACGAUGGAAAAGUCGAGUUACUAGACCAAUUACUCAAACACAUUGCUCACACUUUGGAUAUUUUCAAGUCAUGGCUGAGUAUCAAUGUAAAUACUGGUAGAGAAACAACGAAUCCGCCGAACGAAUUUUUCACAUUGACAGGAACGCUCAGUAAUGAUCCUCUAUUUAGAGAUAAAGACUAUAGAGCUUUGCUGUCUUUGGUAGGUUACACCAUCCCUGAUAAAAUCAACCAACCUUGCUUUUUGGGAGGGGCUAUUGAAAUACCUGACUUGACUACGUCAUAUGAGUUGAUAAAGAAGUAUUUGUCAACACCUUUUGAAACACCAAACGGGCUGCCUUCUUCUUCAUAUCUUGUCAGGAUUCGUUCAAGAAAGGAAAAUCUUUUGAAUGGUGAGCAAGAUGGAUGGGAAGGAAAUGAUAAUUAUGACUAUACUGAUCCCCACAUUAUUCCCGAUGAUCAAAAUGUAUCAGAAGGCGAUGAAGCAUACUUCAAGGACUUGGACAAUAAUGUUUCAGAAAAGCUAAAGGGCGUCAAACUCAGUAAAGGUAUUGCAAGAUCUAAAAAGAAGGAAAAAAAGAGAGGGAAGAAGCGAGCAUAUAGAAACAACUUAUCGACUUUCGAUAAUGAAGAUGGCCAACAACCAUAUUCCACUAAAGAGCGCCAUAGUGUAUUUAGUAAAGAAUUCAUUAGUGACUCAGAAGAUGAUGAAGAUUUGAUGAACCCUAUCUUCUUUGAGAAUGAAACGUACAUGAGGUGGCUAUUAGAUAAAAAUAAUGGCCAAUUGACCGAAGAUAGGUAUGCACAAUUUGCAAAAUUUGCUGCAGAAAGAAUGGCCAAUGGAGGUGUUACGACGGGAGACUAUACGAACCUGUUCGGUGGAUCUGUACCAAGCAUUAGUGAUAUAAGAGCAGCAGAAACCAGUUCUUUUGCACCAGAUAAAAGUCUUAUUUCCUUGGCAAGCCAUGUUGCAUCUGAAAUGUAUGCUGCUGAUGCUGAAAAUAAUACUGAGCUCUCUGAUGAUGAUAUCAACACAGAACCAAAGGACACUUUGGGCUCACCACAAUUAUCCGAUUCAACCAAUGACCCCCAAUCUGAUGACGAUAACAGAAAAGUUCUAAAAAGACGCAAGCUAGAAGAAAGUGAGGUUGACAAAGAGGAUGAAGACGAAGAUGAAGACGAAGAUGAAGACGAAGAUGAAGACGAAGAUGAAGACGAAGAGGCUUUCCUUUUUCCCGUCAAGAAAUCCAAAGUUAUUUUAGGCGAAAGUGAUGGUGACGAUGAAUAG